CUAGGGUUUUGUGGCCUGAGAAGAGAAGAGAGUGUUAUCCACAUAUAAACCAAUAAAAACGAAUAUAAAGGGGGGAAAAAUCUCAUCUUUCCUUUCUCACCUCAGAUCUUUCUAGGGUUUCUGACAAAAACAAAACCUUUUUUCCUUUCCAUUUUUGUUGAUUUUCAUUCCAUUUCUUGGCCUCAACUUUAAUUUCCUUUCCCGUUACUCGCCUCAGUAUUUCCCUGGGAAAUUAUCCGGAAUCUGUCGCUUUCUCGGGAAAAAUUUUCUGUCUAUCGACAAAAACGGAACCCUUCCUGAGAAAUUCUCGUUCACUACUUUACUGGGUCUCGUCUUCUUGAUCUUCCCGGCGAUAUUUCUUCUUGGCCAACUUCUCUCCGCAGGAAGAAGAAAGAAAUGGUGAGGGGAAAAAUUGAGAUGAAGAAAAUCGAAAACGCGACGAGCCGACAAGUGACGUUCUCGAAACGGCGAAACGGAUUGUUGAAGAAAGCUUACGAGCUCUCAGUUCUUUGCGAUGCCGAAGUCUCCGCCAUCAUCUUUUCUCAGAAAGGCAGACUCUUCGAGUUCUCAAGCUCUGACACGGAGAAGACCAUCGAACGUUACCGUAAGUGCACAGAUUAUCAUCAGAUCAGCAAGCCCGACACAGAAAAUUGCGUACAACGAUUGAAGCAAGAAACGACAAGCAUGAUGAGAAAGAUCGAGCUCCUUGAACUUCAGAAGCGGAAGCUAUUGGGACAAGGCAUUGCUUCGUGUUCCAUAAACGAGCUUCAUGAACUCGAUAAUCAGAUUCAAAGAAGCUUAAUCAAUAUCCGGGCAAGAAAGGCUCAGCUGUUCAACGAGCAGAUGGAGAAACUAAAAGAAAAGGAGAAAAUGCUGUUAGAAGAGAACACCAAAUUAUGCCAAAAGUAUGGUAAGAAUUCGUGGGAAGCUCGAGUUCAACGAGACGACUCACUGGUAACAACUCGGAGUUCGGAAGUAAAAACCGAUUUGAUCAUCGGUUUACCGGAGAGAUGUUCGUAGGAAUAUAUUCCGGGAUGGAGAAUCAUGUAAAUUACAGCGAAAACAUAUUCAAAUAUGCGAUGAACUCGGAAAGAAGAAUAAUAUAUCCCAUGCUGUAUUUGAUGGUUUCGAAUUGAUUUAUGUAUAACCAUAAAAGGAGAGAAGUUGCAUGUUAUAUUUUUUGGUAGCGAUUGUGUUUGUAACGAAAUCUUCUGAAGUAAUUCAGUAUCUUAUGCUUUUUGGUCUUCA